AUCUGAUUGGCUCUGUGUGGACACGUGACGCCACGUCACGUGAGCUGCGGAACAACAAUCCGUCCGUGAGUGUCAUGGCGGCAGCAGACGCGUCUUUUAUGAAGUUUUAAACAAGUCUUAGCCCUAAAGCUCCUCAAGUGGCGAAAGUAGACGUAAAACACGGCCGAGCGGGACGACUUUAGACGGCUUGUGCGCGCGCAGGAGGCCAAGGUUUGACCGGAAGUGGACAAACAGUCUCUUCGUCUGACUCAUCCUGCGAGGUUGUCUGCGCCUCACAGGAAGUGGCCUCGAUGGCGUAUUGACGGCUGCGCUCAUGUUCCCGAGGGAGAAGAUCCGCGGGUUUCAUCAGGGAGAGGCGGAGCCACGGUGUCGCCACGCCCACCUGCGGGUCGUUUCCGCCAGGCCACUGUAUUAGGUACGCCUGUCAAUAAAGCCCACUUCCUGUGCCCGCGCCAUGGCUCUGGAGGCGCCCGCGUCGGACUCGGCGCCGUUCUUGUCUGACGACAGCGAGGCGAAGGGUACGGAGGAGGCGGCGGAGAGGGAGGAGCCUGCGAGCGGCGUGUCGGCCACGCGCGCGGUGGUGACGGUGCUGGUCCUGUGCUACAUCAACCUCCUCAACUACAUGGACAGGUUCACGGUGGCAGGCGUUCUUCCCGACAUCGAGCAUUACUUCGGGAUCGACGACGGCAAGUCGGGCCUGCUCCAGACGGUCUUCAUCUGCAGCUACAUGGUCCUGGCGCCGCUCUUCGGUUACCUGGGCGACAGGUACAACAGGAAGUGGAUCAUGAGCGGCGGCAUCGCCUUCUGGUCCCUGGUGACGCUCGCCAGCUCCUACACGCCCAAGGAGCACUUCUGGGCGCUGCUGCUGACCCGCGGCCUGGUGGGCGUGGGCGAGGCCAGCUACUCCACCAUCGCGCCCACCAUCAUCGCCGACCUCUUCGUCAAAGAGAGCAGGACCAACAUGUUGUCCGUCUUUUACUUCGCCAUCCCGGUGGGCAGCGGUCUGGGUUACAUCGUGGGCUCGCAAGUCAGCAACGUGACGGAGGACUGGCACUGGGCGCUGCGGGUGACCCCAGCGUUGGGACUGCUGGCGGUGCUGCUGCUGCUCCUGGUGGUGCAGGAGCCCAAACGAGGCGCCAUAGAAGCCCGGCGCCAACACGAGCUGCACCGGACCAGCUGGCUGAGCGACCUGCGGGCUCUGAGCACCAACACCACCUUCAUCUUGUCCACCCUGGGCUUCACGGCCGUGGCCUUCGUCACAGGCUCGCUGGCUCUGUGGGCCCCCACCUUCCUGCUCAGAGCGGCGGUGUUCACGGGUGAGCGGGUGCCCUGCAUGGAGGGUCACUGCCCCUCCUCUGACAGUCUCAUUUUUGGCAUCAUCACGUGUGUCACGGGUGUGCUGGGUGUGGCCAGCGGUGUGCAGGCCAGCCGCCUGCUGAGGACCAGGACACCACGGGCAGACCCGCUGGUGUGUGCUGCAGGUCUGCUGAUGUCGGCUCCCUUCCUCUACCUGGCUGUGGUCUUCGCUCAGGCCAGCACUGUGGCCACCUAUGUGUUUAUUUUCCUGGGAGAGUGUUUCCUGUCCAUGAACUGGGCCAUCGUAGCAGACAUUCUUCUGUAUGUGGUGGUUCCUACUCGACGCUCCACCGCAGAGGCUCUACAGAUAGUCAUCUCACACCUGCUUGGGGAUGCAGGAAGUCCCUAUCUGAUAGGAGUGGUGUCAGACUCCCUGAGGAAGAGAGACUCCUUCCUGUGGCAGUUCCGCUCUCUGCAGAUGUCGCUGCUGCUCUGCUCCUUCGUGGCCGUGGGGGGCGGAGCUUUCUUCCUGGCCACCGCCCUCUUCAUCCAAAGAGAUCGCCAUCGAGCGGAGAACUUCCUGCCCACAGACGAGGAGCCCAUCGUGGUGCCACAAAGUGGGCGCUCCACUCGGGUGCCCGUGUCCAGUGUUCUCAUCUGACCACUUAGUGGGUGGUCCACUCGGGUGCCCGUGUCCAGUGUUCUCAUCUGACCACUUGGUGGGUGGUCCACUCGGGUGCCAGUGUCCAGUGUUCUCAUCUGACCACUUGGUGGGUGGUCCACUCGGGUGCCCGUGUCCAGUGUUCUCAUCUGACCACUUAGUGGGUGGUCCACUCGGGUGCCCGUGUCCAGUGUUCUCAUCUGACCACUUAGUGGGUGGUCCACUCGGGUGCCAGUGUCCAGUGUUCUCAUCUGACCACUUGGUGGGUGGUCCACUCGGGUGCCCGUGUCCAGUGUUCUCAUCUGACCACUUGGACUUUUUUACUCACUCAAUAAACCACCACAACUUUUACUACCUCUCCUCUCUUCUUUUCUCACCAACACUAACUAGUCCUCUACUACAACUCUGCUAGUCUUACACUAGUCCUCUACUAGUGUUGUACUCUUACUCUACUAGUGGUAUACUAGUACUCUGCUAGUGUUAUACUGGUCCUCGGCUACUCUUGUACUAGUCCUCUACUAGUCUUAUACUAGUCCUCUGCUAGUGUUAUACUAGUCCUCUGCUAGUGUUAUACUGGUCCUCGGCUACUCUUGUACUAGUCCUCUACUGGUCUUAUACUAGUACUCUGCUAGUGUUAUACUCAUACGCUCC